CGCAGGGAGGAGAGCGCAGCGCCACACACUCCGCGGCGACCCCGGUGCGCACCUUGCCCGCUGUGCCCGCGGCGACCGCCGCAGCGCCGCCUCCCGCCGGUUGAAUGUCUAGGCCUCGAUGAAGAGCCCUAACAUGGAGGCGUUCAAGCAGCAGAAGGUGGAGGACUUUUACGACAUUGGCGAGGAGCUGGGGAGUGGCCAGUUUGCCAUAGUGAAGAAGUGUCGGGAGAAGAGCACGGGACUGGAGUAUGCGGCCAAGUUCAUCAAGAAGCGACAGAACCGGGCCAGUAGGCGGGGUGUUUGCCGGGAGGAGAUUGAGCGGGAGGUGAGCAUCCUGCGGCAAGUGCUACAUCCCAACGUCAUCACGCUGCACGAUGUCUAUGAGAGCCGCAGCGACGUGGUGCUCAUCCUGGAGUUAGUGUCUGGAGGAGAGCUCUUUGACUUCCUGGCCCAGAAGGAGUCGCUGAGUGAGGAGGAGGCUACCAGCUUCAUCAAGCAGAUCCUGGACGGGGUGAACUACCUUCACGCCAAGAAAAUCGCUCACUUUGAUCUUAAGCCAGAAAACAUUAUGUUGUUAGACAAGGAUAUUCCCAUUCCACACAUCAAGCUGAUUGACUUUGGUCUGGCUCAUGAAAUAGAAGACGGAGUUGAAUUUAAGAGCAUUUUUGGGACACCGGAAUUUGUUGCUCCGGAAAUCGUGAAUUAUGAGCCACUGGGACUGGAGGCUGACAUGUGGAGCAUAGGUGUCAUCACCUACAUCCUCCUAAGUGGAGCAUCCCCUUUCCUGGGAGACACGAAGCAGGAAACACUGGCAAAUAUCACAGCUGUGAGUUACGACUUUGAUGAGGAAUUCUUCAGUCAAACCAGUGAACUGGCCAAGGACUUCAUUCGGAAGCUUCUAGUUAAAGAGACCGGGAAACGGCUCACAAUCCAAGAGGCUCUCAGACACCCGUGGAUCACACCGGUGGACAACCAGCAAGCCAUGGUGCGCAGGGAGUCUGUGGUCAACCUGGAGAACUUCAAGAAGCAAUACGUCCGAAGGCGGUGGAAACUCUCCUUCAGCAUCGUCUCCCUGUGUAACCACCUCACUCGCUCCCUGAUGAAGAAGGUGCACCUGAGGCCAAGUGAGGACCUGAGGAAUUGCGAGAGUGACACAGAGGAGGACAUUGCCAAGAGGAAAGCUCUCCACACCCGGAGAAGGAGCAGUACAUCCUAACUGAGCAGGCAGGCCCAGGCCCAGCGGUGCUUCCUUCAUGCAGACUGUUGGUUCCUGCUCAUCACCACUACCCAGGCAUUCAGCAUCCCUGAUCAUGUUGCAAGAGAGAUGGGCCUGCAGGGGAACCAGGAGACCCUGAGAGCAGUGAUUGUCUCCUAUGGAGGAGGCUCUGGCAUUCCCAAAGCUUUUAAUUCUCCAUAAAUGGGCUUUCAUCUGUCUGAUGACCUCAGAAGCUGGGGUGGGGAUGUGGAGAAAAUGACAUCGUGAACAUUGUGAUGGGUGAAAUCAGAACCAGGCAGCUUUCCUCACAGGAUGAGGGGGUUCCUAACCAGCCUGUUCCAAAAUUAUAUCAGGAAGACAGCCCUCCCCCAUGGGAGCAGAGCAAGUGAGUGAAAUGCAUCUUGGGGUAUGAGGCACCAGUCCUGUGACCUCCCAGAACCCACAUGGAGUUAGCUUGUCAGGCAGACCAACAUAUCACACUUUCUAAAGUAGCCCAUUAUGUUGUAUUUUUAAUUUUUUGUUUUAAAUUAAACUCUGUCUUACUUGAUGCUUGGCUUCUCUUAGAGCUAUUCACAUCUGACUUUAUUUAGCUCAGUUGCCUAUGAUUCUGGAGCAGCACCCAGGGUUGGGGUGCUGAGUGGACAGCGCCUCCGAAGUUUAUACUCAACUGCCCCUUCGAGACUGCAGGGCGUCUUCCUUCUACAUCCUUCCCUACCAGUGUGCAGCCCCAGAAAAUCAACCCAGAUACAGCAGUCAAGGCCUGUGCUCCCUCUACCACUACUACCGCCACCUCUGCAGGGGUGGGCUGAGGUGGAGGUCCCAAUGCCCAUUACUAUAGAAUGCGACUCUAUUUGGAGAUAGCGUCUUGAAAGAAAGGAGUAAGGUCAAAUCAGGUCACAUGACUGGUAUCCUUAUCAGAAGAGGUGAGGACACAGAGGAAAGACCACGUGAAGACAGAGUAACAGGGCGGCAGCUCCAGCUAUGGGACUGAGGCCACAGGAGAAACCGGCCCUGGCGACACAGCAAUCUCAGAUUUCUGGCCUCUAAAACUGUGAGAAAAUAAAUUUCUCUUG